AUGACCGACCAAGUCCUCAAGAUCGACAUCAAGUCGCUGCCGCGCGUCGCGUCGGGCAAGGUGCGCGACCUGUUCGACCUCGACGAGAAGACGCUGCUCUUCGUGUCGUCGGACCGCACCUCGGCCUACGACGUGGUCAUGGACAACGGCAUCCCCGGGCGCGGCGCCAUCCUCACCAUGAUCAGCGCCUUCUGGUUCCGCGUGCUGUCCGAGAGGGUCCCCGGGCUGCGCACCCACUUCGUCACCCUGGACCCGCCCGCGGGGCGCCUGACGCCCGAGGAGGCGGCCCUCGUGCGCGGCCGCAGCAUGCAGGUGCGCAGGUUCAAGGUGUUCCCCGUCGAGGCCAUCGUGCGCGGCUACAUCACGGGGUCGGCGUGGGCAGAGUACCAGGAGAGCGGCACCGUGUGCGGGCUCGCCAUGCCGGCCGGCCUGCGCCAGUGCGAGGCGUUCCCCCAGGGCCCCAUCUACACGCCCUCGACCAAGGCGGAGCUGGGCCAGCACGACGAGAACAUCAGCCCGGAGCGCGCGGCCGCCAUCAUCGGCGACGCGAGGCUCGCCGCCCGCGUCGAGGAGCUGGCCCUGGCCGUGUACAAGGCCGGGCGGGACUACGCCGCCGGGCGGGGGAUCCUCAUCGCCGACACCAAGUUCGAGUUCGGCCUCGACGAGGAGACGGGCGAGGUCAUCCUCGUCGACGAGUGCCUGACCCCGGACUCGAGCCGCAUGUGGCCCGCGGACAAGUACGAGGUCGGCCGCGACCAGGAGAGCUUCGACAAGCAGAUCAUCCGCAACUGGCUCACGCGCGAGGGGCUCAAGGGCAAGCAGGGCGUCGAGCUGGCCGAGGACGUCAGGGAGGGCACGCUGCAGAAGUACAAGGAGGUCUUCCAGAGGCUCACCGGGAAGUCGUUUGAGCAGGCGCUGGCGGAAGAAAUCAAAUGA